UCGGCAGAUGUUUUUAGGAACGCGUUGUUGAGUUUAAUCGGCGGAUAGUAUACACACGUGCGUUGAGAAAAUAUCUCAAAUAAAAUGAAAAUAAAAAAAAUCAGGAAGCUAAAGCGCAAGAAGAAGUUCAAUCCAAAUGUGAAUCGAAAGAGGAUGCGAGAUAAGCUACGGAAACUACCGGAGAUCCCAUGUGAUCAAAUAAAGAAAGCAUGGGAGAACAAGAUGUCUACUCGUGUCAAUUUGAAAAAGAUGGGUUUGGCGUAUGACCCAAACGAGGCAGUGCGAAUUCCUAAUGUAAAGCACGAGAUGCUGGAGGAGGCCAAGAGGAAAGUUGCGGGAAACGAGGAUUCGGAACACAAGAGCGAAAAGAUGAAGGUGGCCGCGGCAAAGAGUUACGUGGCGGAGAAGCUGGAAGCCGAGGCAAAAGCUCCUAGAGAGCGAUUUCUCAAAUUACCGAAGGGACAAGCGCAGUUUCUUACUUAUUUAAUAACGAAGUACGGCGAAGAUUACAAGGCAAUGUCGAGGGACAAGAAGAACCAUGAUCAAUUAACUUGGAAGCAAAUACGAGCUAAGGUGAAAAUGUUUAAAGGAAUUCCAGAACAGUAUAACAAAUUUGUUCAAAAUAGCGAUGUACAGGUAGAGUCCUAACGUGCAUAAAUGUAUAUUAGGAUUUUGUUUGUAUUUUAAACUUGAGAUUAACGUAUAUAUGAAUCAAUGACUUAAUAUGUACUUUUAUAAUUCAUGCUAAUUUGGCAUAAAAAUGGGUCACAUCAUGAUGGAAAUCAAGCAAAGUUUGUUACAUUUGACAAAAUGUAUUGGCAAAUAACGAAUAAUAAUUCCGAAUAUAUAUUUGUUAUUUCAUCACUUUAUAUAAAUAUAUGCUGAUGCAUUUCCUGUGAUAGAACUGUAUUUGUAAACGGAUUAUAUCACAAAUACAUGGUUUGCUGUAUUUUGCAUAAUUGGAUAUGCGUAUUAAUGUUCGUGCCAAUAAAAUGUUAUUUUAUUUUACACUGA